UUAAAUUUUCUGGGUUUUGUCUCUCUCUCCUCGUGGAAGAGCAGACAGUUUUCUCUCUCCUCUUUGCUCUCUCUUCCUCCUCCGACGCUCCUUCCGGUCUAGCGAUUCCUCCGACGACCGUCGCUCCCUCCCGACGACGGCCUUUCUCUCUCCCCUCGACGGCCUCAUCUCAGGGCUCCAUUCUCUUGGCGCACUUCUUCCUAAAUCGCGCUCUCUCCCGACGGCCGAUUUCGCUCGCCUCUCCCACGACCUCCACGCUUUAGGCGGUUCUUCCCUCGCGGAUCGGUGAGGUCUCGGUAUGCUCUCGUGCUGCGUGUCUUCUUCCUUGCUCAGCAACACCAUACUGACUCUCUCUCUCUCUCUGAGUGUGUCUCUCUGUGCAUUCUUUCAUCCAUGAGGCAAGCAUUUCGACUAGGGUUCAGGCCCCCUGAACCCUAGUCGAAAUGCUUGCAAGGGAGAUUAUUGAGCAGGGAAGUGAAUAUUACUGAUGGAAAACCAUGAGGUCUUGAGAAUUUGCCUUCAACAAAGAGCAAGGUCUUGAGAAUCUGCUUCGUUUGGGUCAAGAUGGUGGGCUCCGCAGCCGCACAAGUCCAUGGUCUCGCGCUGUAUGGUCCGGGCUUGUAGCUCCGUCGACGGCAGAAGCAAGGUCUACAGAGAACUCGAACGUCUGCUUUCAAGUGGGAGGAAAGGAAUCUUUAUGGCAAGUGAAGAUGCCAGACUACAAAAGGUCCCAUCCUUUCCAUCAAUAACUGAGGCUUUUUUGGAAGUGCCACCACAGCCAAUAUAUUUCCCAACUUCCAAGUGCCACAUGGAUAUGUUGCCGAGGCAAGAACAAGCUAAGCUUGCAGCUUGUCCUGGUAGCAGCAUUGUCACGGGAAGCUCUGGCAAGAGUGGGAAGCACACAGUUGCUGGUGCAAGGGCUGUGCAAGGGUUGUGCUGGAUAUCAAAGUCUCCUCAAUCGGAGUUCACCAAAAUCCAAUGCAAGUGGUGCAGCAACUUCCUAUAAUUCAGCAUGGGUGAGAAGAUCCAGCUACCUAGAGACCAUGCAAUAAAGACAAAUCUCAUGAACUGAUUAAAUCUAGACCUUUGGCCUAUGCAGGUGGCCCUAAUCCAAAGCAGUUUGCACUAAAUAGAUGAGAUUAGACGGAUGACCUCCGGUUGCUCUUCGAGAUGGUGCAUCAGCAUCGCUAUUCUGAUAUGCAUGGUUGCCCCUCUGAUCACUGGACCGUUGCCCAGGAUGCUAUUGCUAAAGGAAUCCCCAUCCGUCAUCAAGGCAAUAAGAAUUUGAUAAUAUCUUAGAAUGCGGGAGCUGCGUUGAAGGGUCUCAGACUAGUCUGAUGCUAGUUUGACUUCCUGUGAGCGCAGCAUGCCAGCUAGCUCAUGUCUUGAAGCUUUAGCAUUGAGGACAUUUUCUCAUGUAAACAGCAUUUGCAACACAGCUUAUGAUAGCACAAUUUAUUUGUUGCUGGGUACGGAAUUUGUGUCUCUAACGACAUGCCACUCGGAAUCUCGGAUGGAUGGUGUCAUUCUGGUUGUAAAAAUUUGUGAUUUGAAGUAUUACUAGUUAAGAUUUGGCAAAUCGUAAGCA